GUAUCCGACGAGUAUAUACGACUCGAUAUACGAUUCGCGAGGAGCCCUCGGCAAGUGCAAACUGCAAAUCGGGUGCGCUCAAAGGGCUCUCGGGCUCCAGAAAGGCAUUCGUUCGUACCCGUUCGGGCCAGCGGACACGAAUUGCAUCCCGGCAGCAAUAUCGCAGCACGGCAGCAACACCACGCCGAGCAGGCAGCUUUGGAACUCUGGAGCUGGUCAGGUGCCCCCGAAUGUGUCACUCUGCAUUCUGACCACUGACGCGCCGGCUGUGCUUCCGUUGCGUUCCGCAGUGAUCCAAUACCAUCCAAUUCGAUUCGGUUACGUGGCCAAAAUCGUGGCGAAAACUCGUGUUUCGGUCCAAGGCUAUCAUCAUAAAUCGCUAGUACCAAAAUAUAGAUCUUUUCAGAUCUGCUUAACUGUCUUAAACAAAAGUGGGAAUCCCCAAACACAGAUCCUUUAACACAGAGAUCGUUGGUACAAUGUUGGCGCCAGCAUUUGUUCAAGUUAUUUGUUUUUUCGAGUGUGCCUCAGUCGGGCAAUAAAAGAUCGAAAGUUUGCAAAACAGUGAAGAGAUCUAAGAGAGAGCGAAGUUUUCUUAUACAAAAAGUGCACUAGAUAAUUACCUUUGGGACACCAUCCGUCAAACAAGUGCACUUGGUGCAUCCAACAGGCAAAAAGGAUUUCAGGGAGUCCUGCGUGGUGAAUCCUGGAUUUUGAUUGUUUUCCAAGGCGGUGCGAUUAAAGGACGACAAAAUUGUGCGGCUAAAAAAAGUGCAGGCUCACGCUCAAGGGCAACUGGAGCAGUUCGAGCAGCAGCAACAGCACCAACAGCAGCAACAUCUGCAGCAGCAACAACAGCAGCAGCAGCAGCAGCAACUGUUGCAACAACAACAGCAGCAGCAGCAGCAACACUAUCACAACUACAGCGGCAAUAGCAACAACUACAAAAUGCAUUUAACAACAACAUCCAGCAACUCAACGGCAUCCAAUGCCAACAACAAUAACAACAAUACAACCAACAACAACAACAACACCAGCAGCAACAACAACACAAGCAACACGAAUGGCAGCAGCAACAACAACAACACGAGCGGCAACAACAACAACAGCAGCGGGAACAACAACAGCAACACGGAGCAGAACACACCGCCAACGCCCGCGCAACUGUUAAAUGAGGCCUACACGAAGAUGACCUCUGACAUCCUGGCGGAGCGAACGCUGGGCGACUUCCUCACCGAACACCCGGGCGAGCUAAUCCGCACCAGCAGUCCGCUCUUCGUCUGCACGGUGCUGCCGCCCCACUGGCGCAGCAACAAGACGCUGCCGGUGGCCUUCAAGGUCGUCUCGCUGGGCGACAUCAUGGACGGAACGAUGGUCACCGUGCGGGCGGGCAACGAUGAGAACUACUGUGCGGAGCUGCGCAACUGCACGGCGGUGAUGAAGAACCAGGUGGCCAAGUUCAACGACCUGCGGUUCGUCGGCAGGAGCGGCAGAGGGAAGAGCUUCACGCUAACCAUCACCGUGUCAACGAAUCCACCGCACAUAGCCACCUACAACAAGGCGAUCAAAGUGACUGUCGAUGGGCCACGCGAACCCCGUUCCAAGACAAUGUUAUCCCUUUUAGGACAGCAACAGCAGUUCCACUUCGCCUUUGGCCAAAGACCGUUCCACUUUUCCACGGAUCCCCUUUCCGGCUUCCGGAUGCCGCCCAUUGGCAAUUGUCAGAGCGCCAGCAACACGCACUGGGGAUAUGGAUCGGCAGCCUCUGCGUAUUCGCCGUAUUUGGCCAGUAGCGGAUUAUCGUCCUGCACCACGCCCACUUCCGCCCAGUUCAACAAUCCGGCCUUGGGAUUCACCUGCUCCUCCAAUGAUCAGAGCAACAACCAGGACUUCGGAGGAGCUACCAAUCGCGACUGCGUUCCGAUGCUCCCCGACUCGACGGCCAGCGAUCUCGACCAGCACCUGAGCAGCCUGGUGGGCUCGACCAGCGGCCAGAUGACGCACCACAGCCUGCUGGGCGCCGGCGGCCAGACCUCGAUCUCCUCCACGGUGAACGGGGCGAGCGGCGGCGGCAGCGGCGGGGCAGGGGCCGCCGGCGGAGGAGCGGGCAGCGGCGGUGGCGCCGGCGGCGGCGGUGCGGGCGGCAACUCCAUCCUGGUGCCGCGCUACCACACGAACGCCAGCAACGAGUACAACGUCCACUCCAGCCAGAAUGGACCGCGCAGCCUGUCCGACAGCUCCCAGGCGGAAUCGCCCGUGCAGGAGGACCUGCUGACCACCAACACCCCGAAUCUGGGCAGCACGGCGGGCGGUGGGGGGGCGGCCAACGGUGGUGCGGCCUCGAAUGCGGGCAGUGGGGCGGCGGGCAGCAGUGGCGCCGGCGGUGCCGCCUCGGCGGUGGGCAAUCCCGCGAUGCUGGGUGCCAACCAGAACUUCCCCGGGAUCGUUAACCAGGCCCAGCACUCGGCUGCCUCCGCCUAUGGCGGCGGUACCGGUGUGGUGGGCGGUGGGCAUGGCAGUGCCGCCGCCGCUGCCGCCGGAUGCAAUGGCUCCCUGUAUCCCGUGCUCCCGGCCAGCCUGCUCUACUCCCAACUCUAUACCGCCGCCAACCAGUCCGCCCACGGCUUCCACUCGCACACCCUGCCCGCCCACGCCUCCCCCAACUCCUCGGUGCACGGGGAGCUGCAGAGCGUGAUGGACCACAUCAGCAACGUGGGCGUUCGGCAGCAGCACAACAUCAUGGCCGGCGGGGGCGUGACCCACCCGGGCGAUCUCACGCUGAUCGGCAACUGCGGGGCCUCGGUGCGGAACAUCGAGGACGGGAAUAGCAAUCGGCAGGUGGCCGCCUUAGCUGCCCAUCGCGGUCACCACAACCCCACCGACAACGGGGGCAGCGUUUGGAGGCCCUAUUGAGGUCAGGUUCUGUGGUGCGGCU